AUGGCCGCCCUGCCCGGGCUCCUCGCGCCCCGGGCCCCGCGCCCGUCCUCCCGCCGGUCCGGCCUCCGGAGCGCCAGCCCUGCCCAGCCCGCGAGCCGAGCUGCCGCCGCCGCCGCCGCCCUCCUCCUCGCCCGCGGCCCGGCGGCCGGCGCGCCCCCGAGGGGCGCCCGCCGCGCGCGCGCCCCUCGCCGGCGGAGGCCCGGGGAGCGGGGUCGGUACCCCCGCAUGUGCGCGCUGGGCGCGGGCAGGAGGCUCCCGGCCUGCCGAGCCGGGCCCGGCCCGCGGGGGGAGGGGGCCGGGGUCGCCGCGGGAGCGAAGGGAGGGGUCGGGCCGGGAGCCCCCCCCCCCCCGGCGCGGAGCCGGACUGUCCGAGCGCCCCCCGGCGCGGAGCCCCCGGCCCCGAGGGGCGCUUUCCCGCGGGCCCUUCCUCCUCCGACCCGCCCCGCCCCGAAACCCCACCUGCAGACGCCGGGCCCGCGCUCCCGCGCCUGGAGGGGGCGGGGCCGCUCACCUGGGCCAGGUGUCCGCCCUCCCCCGCCGCGCCUCCGCGCCUCCUCUCCCCCGCGGUCCCGGCCCCCAGACAAAGAGAGCGGCGGCCGGGAGGGACGGAGGCGCGGCGGGGCCCGGAGAGCUCCCGAAAGAAGCCAACUCCCGCCCUUUGUCCCCCGGACUUCGGCCCCCCCCCGGCUGUUCGGGGAGCCCCCCGCGUGCCCGCGCGCACCUCGGGCAAAUCCCUUGUUCCUCCCCUUUGCGCCUCAGACUGGGGCCCCCGGCCCCUCUUCGGGGCGCAGCGCGGGGACCCGUCCCCCGGUACCCCCGCAGAGGGGCGGGGCUUCCCCGGGUGAUUCCUCCGGCUUUCCGAGGAUCACAGAUGCUUACCGGAUUAUUAAGGCCCCUGUGCCGGCGCGGGAGCCCUCCCCCCCCGGGCCGUGCCCUCCCAGAGGCAGAACUGCCUGGCCUGCAAAGGGCGGAAAGAACAGCCCCUCCCUGGGGGCUUCCUGGGGGGGAACAGGAGGCUGA